AAUUAAAUUUCAAAAAUCAAUAAUUCACCGCUAAACUUGAAGAUCAGAAUUGUAUAUACUCACGCAUACCAUUAAAAUGUUAUUAUUGCAUACAAUAAUAACAUUUCACCAUAGUGAAAUGUUAUCGAUACUGAUAUUUUCCUUGUUAUCAUUGCAAUUCACAGCAGGUUCAACCUGUGGAGAUGUGGAAGUAUCCACGAAGUCCUACACAACGGAAGAUGCUACCGUUCUUUCCCAAAUUGCAUAUAUAAGCGAGUUUGAAGUGAAGUGUAAUCCAGCUUCUUCAUCUCCUGGGAAUUUAUAUGCAUUAUUUAAGGAAAUUAUCGUUCCCGUGGCAAACGUCGCACCAAAUAAAUAUCAAAUUAGCUGGACAGAGGAUUUAAAGACUGCACAAGUCGGAGAAAUAAUAGUGAAAAUAUUUGACGAGAAUGGCUAUGCUGCUUUAAAGAAAGCUUUGAGGAAUGGUGACAAUAUACAUGAAGUGGAAUAUUUUACUACAUUGUCAAUUUCUCACCCAGGUGCUUAUAAAGGGCCUUGUAUAAGUUGUGAAUUUCUUGCAGCAUUGUUUUCUUUGUCAAUUGCUUAUUAUGCUGUGCACUUAAGAAUGAAGUUUGUUUCUUAAUUGUUUUUAUAGGUGAGUAUUAUGUAUAUUUAAAAUAAAGUAUAUGAUUUUC